GUGUAGUGGGUAACACUGUUACCCCAAUAUCAUUAAUGAUCCCUUCCAACCCAAAGCAAUCUCACUGUCUACCAUUUUCUCACAUACACACGGACUCUCAUACAGUAUCUCACAUCAAAUGACAACACCAAGAAAAUGAAAAUGAAAAUGAAACUUCACAAAAAAAUGCCCAAAGUUCACCUGUCCUUGUGCGCACAUUUCUUGAUCCUCGCACUAGUUUUCUUGGUGAAAUUCUGUAAUGGGGUCUCAACUUUGGACUUAAACUUAACGAGAACUGUUGAAUCUGGUGAAAUGGGGAAAAGGGUUUGUAUCAAUGAGUGCCCUGAAAUGGAAGUUGAGGACGAGAUGGAUUCAGAGAAUAAUCGGAGGAUUUUGGUUAUACGGAAGAAGUAUAUAAGUUAUGAUACUUUAAAGAGGGAUUCUGUGCCAUGUACACAGCCUGGGGCUUCAUAUUAUAACUGUAAGGGACCUGGUGUGGCUAAUACUUAUCACAGAGGUUGUGAGAUUAUUACAAGGUGUAGAGGAGACUGACACUGGUUAAGAUCCAGUAGGAGGAACAAAAAUUGGUAAAGGUACUUUUUUUAUGUUUGUUCGUUUGGAUUUUCUUGUAUAUGUUCUGAUAUGCAUAUGUUAGAACAUGUUCUAAUAUUAGUAAAUAAACCAUUUUUACUAUGAUCCUGUGAUUGAUUAAUGUCCUUUUGGGAAAUUUUAAAUGAUGAAAGUCCUUUCUUGUCUAA